UAUUAAUAAUAUCAAUUAAUGAGAUAUCAUAUCUAUCUUCGAUAUGUUCGUUACUUUGUAAUACAUUUGGCCUUGCCAGUCAUUCUUUGGCGAUUAUUUUAUUUCAAUACAAUUUCGUUAUACUCAUCGAUUUUAAAGAUUUUACAUUUUGUAUGCAUUGGGGAUGUAAAAAUGUAUAUACACGAUUUAUGUUAAAUCGUAAAGAGAUGAUUAUAAAAGAUCCUGAAAUAUCCAUUACGAUUUCAACUUAAAACGUUUCCUGGAACGUUAACGUUUAAGUAGAAGAAAUCGUGUGGAAACGUGCAACAUUAUGUAAUUUCAGUUUAAAGGAAAACAUAAUCUACACGUAGAUAAUUGUUUAGGAUUGCGCAAUGGAUAUGUCGCAACAAGGCCUGCUCGGCUAUGUGCACGUGUGGAGAGGACGCGUGCACAUAGCUGAAUGGCUCGAGUUACUCGAGAAUUAUGUAGGAAAAAAAAAAAAAUGCAUAAAGUUUGAAGGGCACGUGUACGAUCUAACACUCGUACGGACAAAUUCUUUCGUCCUCCGAUGUCUGGAGAUUAAUCGGUGGUGCUAUCUUUGGAUCGAGAAUUGCGCAGUCAUUCGCUGCCGUGUAUGAUUAAGUUACAACCUCGAGCAAUUGAUCGCUGUCCUCAGGUCCAUGAUAUCAGUUUUCCUAGCGAACUCUGAUAAGUAGUUAGUCGUUCGCCGCACGCUCGCUCGCUAACAUUCUGUACACUUCGUCCGGUACACUAUGUUGUCGCAAAACGUAUUAGUUCGCACGGGGAAUAUACUUUCCUUAAACGAGGCGAAAACAAAAGUGGGUCAGAAUCCAACGGACGAGUUAAUCGAAACGUUGAAGAUUGUACUUCGCGACAACGAAGGCAGCGGUGAAAAUCCAGUAAUCAUUCAAGGUUUAGAAGAUAACGCUUUAAAAGAUAUCAACAGGGAAGAUGUGAAGAUAACAGUAAAAGUUUUUAUACCGACGCCAGAUGCAAACUCAUUGAAAGAGGCGAUUGAUCAAAUUUGUAAUUUUUUAAAUAUAAACGCGAUUGAGUCUUUGGUAAUUAGCUACUCAGGCCAAGAGAGUUCAGAGGAACAGCAAUUGGCAUCGCUGAAACAGCUAUGGGCUGGAGUAGAAGAGUAUGUGAAAAUUGGCAAACUGUCAAGUGUCGGUCUGAGCGACGUCGACACUAACGUAUUCAUUGACUUGUUUCACUGGACAAAUAUAAAGCCAAAUAUUGUACAAAUCACUUUAUCUACAUGUUGUGUUGUACCUGAAGCACUGAAGACGUUUACGAAGGAAAACGAUAUUCAAUUGUUGACUCACAACGAUCCUGGACAAAUCUGCGGCUGAGCCUCAUCGAAUGCUCUCAAAAACUUAUGGUGAUGCCGCUAUUAGUGAAAAAACGUGUCGAGAGUGAUUUCAACGAUUCAAGAACGGUGAUUUUAACGUCGAAGACCGGCGGGGCGGUGGAAGAGAGAUUUUCGAAGAUGCGUAAUUGGAGGCAUUACUUGAUCGAGACUCGUGUCAAACGCAAGAAGAAUUGGCAAGAUCAUUGGAAGUAACUUAACAAGUCAUUUCAAAACGCUUCAAAGUCAUGGGAAUGAUUCAGAAGCAAGGAAAUUAGGUGCGGUACGAGUUGAAGCCGAGAAAUGUUGAACGGCGUGUUAGCUUGUGAACAGCUGCUUGCAAGGGAAAAACGGAAGGGAUUUUUGUAUUGUAUUGUAACUGGGGACGAAAAAUGGGUUCAUUACGAUAUCUCAAGCGUAGCUUGACAAGAAGUCAAAAAUUGGACCGAUCCGUGGAUCGCUUAAAAAAAUGACUAGUUUUUUGACUUGGGAUUCGUAUGCGGCCCGAAAGAUGGAAGAACAAUAGAAGGCGAUAGACAAACUUUUUUACAAUAAAGCCUCGAAUUUCGAGAAAAAAAAAACGCGGAAGCAAAGUUGUACACCUAAUAAUAAAAUAGA